UGGAAGCAAAUCAAACGCGAGAUGGUGCAAAAUCUGUAAAUAAAAUAGAAGAAUCCUGUAUCUUUAAGUAAAAAGUGGAUCUAUAGUGCAAUUAUGUUUCUGCCCGAAACCGCCACCUUCUGCAUCACCCUGCUGGUCUAUGGAGCAAUCCUCCUGCUCCUGAUAUACUAUGUCCUGACGCUGGCGGAUCUGGAGUGCGACUACCUGAAUGCCCAGGAGUGCUGCCGGCGACUGAACUUCUGGGUGAUACCCAAGUUCGGAUCCCACGCCCUGCUGUGCGUGCUCCUGCUCCUUGGCGGCCACUGGAUAAUGUUUCUGGUGAACCUGCCGAUGGUUGUUUGGCUGUUCUACGAACUCCAUCGCCAGCGACGCGAUAGCCUGGGAGUCUACGAUCCGGUGGACAUACACAGUCGGGGAUUGCUGAAGGUCCACCUGAGGAAUUGUAUGAUCUACCUAGGCUACUACUUCGUCAUGUUCUUCGUGGGUUUGUACUGCCUCAUUUCAUCGCUGAUCAAGGGGGAUCCCAUCAAGCGGUACGAGGACGACGAAAUAGUCACGGAUUUCUGAAGUUUAGCCAAAUAAGCCUGCAGACAAGGGGCUUCCAGAGUAUUCUCUAAUCCCAGACCAAACUACAAUGCCCGGUUAUAGUUUCUAAUCCGCCUGAUAUGAGAAGAGGGACCUUCUUUUAACAGACCAUUUUCCUUAUAGACUUCUGCAGAAUUUGAUAGAAUUCAAUUUUAACUUUAACAAUGUUUAGUAAUUUUACUAUACCAUAAAGUGGUAUACAUAUAUAUGUGUAUUCCAAUAGUAUAGUUCGUUGAAAAUCUGUAAAAACAAAAGACUGUAACACAGGAGUGUUUACAUCGCGUUGACAGGAUACACAGAAGACCAACCUAGUCGCACUUCAUCUUCACUUUAUUUAUUUCAUCUUUAGCAAUAUAAGCGUAUUCGAAUACAAAUCACAAAAUACAUAACCAUACACAGUAA